AAACAGCUGCUGUUCAGCGACACUUUAGGAGCGCAACAAGUCGCAGUCAAAUCAGCGCAAAAUGGGAAAAAUCUACCAAGUUGUGGUUCAUGGACUGAGGGGUCAGAAGAUGACGCUCGACCUGUGCAACACUGAGGAGCAGUUUAAGAGCAUGACAGUGCGGCAGCUGAAGGAAAAGCUGGCGCAGAAGCUUCCGGAGACCACAGGAGAGGAGGCCCUGCGGCUGAUAUUCACAGAUCAGAUGCUGGAUGGAGAUGAUAGUCUUCUGUCUGAUUAUGGCAUCCAGCACAUGUCUGUGAUUCACAUGGUGAUGAAGGUUCCUGGAGGACUGUCAGCAUGACUGAGAUCAUCUUAUGAUUUGUUGAAUUUUGAUGUCCAUCUAUCACAGUAAUGCUGAGACUAUUUUAGUUCUAGUUUGGGAGCCUCUGUUUACUUUCUCCAGUGUUUCUUUUGUUGAGUGGAGUUUGUCUCUGUGUUUAGUAGUUAUGUUCCUCUUUACUUCUUGUUUCUGUGGAUAAACCCUCUUCUUUAGUUUCUGGCUCUGUGCCUGAGCUGUUGCCUCAGUUCCUUUCAUGGUUGUCUUUGCUUCCUGGUGUUGUCCUGACUUCUCUCUGUUCUCCUUUUUGUUUUCUCUUUGCCGUCCUCUGUCAUACAGAAGUAUGGGUGUCACACAUUAACUGUGUUCUUUCCUCCAGAGUAGGUGUGUUUUUCUUCUGGCUCUGGCUGGUGCUCCUGUGAUUCAUUACAGUUUAACACAAGUAUCUUAACUAUUUUCUCCACUCAGUGCCAACUUGUUGAUCAAAGUCAGUGCGGAAACCUGUCUGUUUGCUUUCUGGAAGAAACACACCUGCAAAAACAGGGGAAAAAUAUACCUGCUCUCAGACCUUUAAAGAUUUGGAUUUUUCUUUUCUUGAAAAUUCAUUUUUCAUUCUCUGAUAUCUGUGGUUUCCACUUUUGGCUGUCUGGAUUCCCUGUACUGCUCAGCUUCCUGUGUCUGGCCCCAUGAACUGUGAGCUACAAGGUGUUGUUGGUACCCUGCAGGGCAAUGCUAUGCUAGGUUACAUGGUAGUACUAGCCACCUUAUCAAGUAGUUGAUGAUCCUCUUAUUGAUGUAGAUUCUUGGAUCUAUUUUAACCAUCCCACAAGGCCCAAAUGUUUGUAAGAGAAACACCUUUUUGAUGUUAUUUUUUCUGGGUGGGAAUAAAAUGAAAAAAUUACUAGCAUAUUAGCUGUGUAGAUGCACCUACGGUAUCAGUCUCAAGAUCCUACUUCACCUCAUUCUCGAGGUAUCAUGUUCACAAAGUUGGGUGUUCGUGCCGCCUGAUGCCUGCCAGCCUGCAUGGUGUGGUGACAAUACUUCAAGCUUUCAGGCUGAGGGGUGUGGAUUCACUUUACUGUAACCAUGUUCGGUUUAUCAAGACUGAUCAGCCUGUAACAUAUUCUGAACAA